CCUCCUGUAUUAUGUGGAUUUACGUAAAUGCUUUAAAUUACACGUUUUACAAGUCUAAUCCUAUUGGUUGGACCUAAUGAUGGUGUCUACUCUAUAUAUGGGUCAAAAAUAGUGAUUUGAGAGACUUGAUCACUCUCUCCAAUCUCUCUCUACCCUCUCUUUCUCUCUAGCUCCAAGAAUCUCUAGUUUUCUCCAAGAACUCUCCAAGAAAGUGCUUGACUUAGAGAGUUGAAGGCUUGUUCAAUUUAAAUCCUAAUUUCCUCAAGAGAAGGCCUUAAGCGUCAAUGGUGGCUGGGAAAUAGAGUAUUAGGAAACUGUUUCUCAACGUGUAUAAGCCUUGGUUUUGUAGUUAUUAUUUGCUUGAAGGAUUUGCUCAAAGAAAGUUGUUACGUCCCAAAAUUUCCUAAUAACGCUUAGGGCCUUGAUUAGGGGGCCAUUAUGGUAAUAUAGGUAAUUAUAUGCUUAAGUGUUAUAUUUAAUUGUAAUUAUGUGGAAUAUGUGAUAAUAUGACUACUUGUGCAUGUUUAGAUAUAUUAAAUAUGCAUGUGGGACCGCUUCUUAUGAAAAGGGCAAUUAUGAUAAUUUGCCCCGUUGCGGGCAUAAUUAUUUAUCUAUGUGAUAUAUGAGGGAGACCACAUUAUUAUGUGGGUUACUCGGCACGAGGCGAUCCUAGGGAGCAAGUUAGAGGGAAAAUCAUAAUUGUACUUAAUACCUGACUUGGGGUGAGUCGAGGGGUAUUUUAGGUAUUAGGCAUUUAAUUGGAUUAUCGAGUUAUGGAAAUGAAUAAUUGGAAAUAUAUUUGAAAUUAGUGAGUUUAGGAGGUAGUAUUGGGGAAUUUGACCAGUUUUCCCUCGGGGACGUUUUCAGUACCCCGAGUGUCGGGAUUAGCUUUAAGUCAUUUAAGCUUAAGGAAACAAAAAGGAAACACUUAGAAGCUCCCACUAAACCGACUCUCUCUUCUUCUCUUUAACUUUUGUGAUCUCAAAGCUUUCCCAAGCAAACCAUUGAGGAACUAAGGAAUUUUUGGGCAAGAAAUCAGAGAAUUGAAGCUUAAACUUGGGGGAUUAAUUCUGAUGCAGUUUUUGGGAAUAAUUAUCAGUGGAGGUAAGAUCUAGGCCAUGUUUUUACCAUUGAAAUUCUAUGUUUCCAUGGUUGUUUUAGUGUGUUCUUGAGGUGCUCUUGAACCAUCUAGCUUAUGAAUUGAAUUGGUGAUAUAAGGAGUUUUCGGACUGAAUUUUUAUCGGGUUUUGUUGUUGGGAACAUGUUAGAACUAUUGUGGUAAUUGAAUUAUAGCUUUGGAUUGAAUUUAGGUUAGUAUGGAGUGGAUUUAGCUGCUGAAAAUGAUGAAAACCUGGGUUCAAGGGGCCAAGUCGCGACUUAGCUUGAGCCUAGGGCCUUGGGGAAGCCUCUACCUUGGGGGUGCGCUGCAACCCGUUAGGGCAAGUCGCAGCCUGUGCACUUGAUAUAGAGGAUGAGGCUUGCUGAUAUGAAGGGCGCGUCGUGACCCUCUGAGCCCGUCGCAGUCCGCCUGGGAAUUUUGGACUUGGGGAGUUUAUUUUAAAAGGGAACCUUUUUCUUAGGCCAUGGGAUCGAUUCCACUACCCGUUUUAGUGGAACUCAUGGCCCCGGAGGCUAGGACUCAGUCCGAAAGCCUUUAUUCGAUCAUAUUUUAUGGAAUUCUAUUUAUAGUUGUGAUUAGGUUACCGCUAGGGGCUUGAAACCGUGAUCGUGCUCGAGGGUCCUUCUUAUCUACGCUUUACUCGGACCUGAGGUAAGGGGAAAGGAAAGCUUGACCAUCCAUGAGUUGGAGAGCUUCGACGGGGGCGUGUACAUAGGCUGCUCGACCACCACAAUCGGGGUUAUCUCAGAGGAACUAGGGUUAUAGCCUUGUUUUUGCCACUUAGGCCGACUGAAUGUAAUUUUUGAUGAAUAUUCACCUUUUUAAUAAAUUAGUUGUAAUGUUUUAGGAUCCUAUGUUUGUAUGAAACUUUUUACAUAAAAGUCAAUGGUUCAUUUGACCAAAAAAAUUAACCCUAACCCUUGACAUUAACUUUAGUUACACAUUUUAAACCAAAUGACUUGGUUAGCAAGUAUGACACAAUUUUAAGUACACAGUGUAACGGUCCUGGAUCAGAGCUGCCAAGGUUUAAGGGUUCCUGAAGACUGGCCAAUCAUGUACACUCGCCACUAAAGACAAGCUCGACUCACGAUUCGGUAAUUAUUAUGUGUUUAUAUGUUUAAAUGCUUAAACAUGAUACGAAUGCCUUAUCUGCAUGCCUGUUUAGGAAACAUGAGAUAGUGUGGUAGGGCCUGGCCCUUGACUGUUCUAUGAAUGAUAAAGAACAUGCUUAUUAGCAUCAUUACUUCUUGUGAAUGCAAGGGAACCACUUAUUGGCACUAUUAUUUGUAUAUAUGCCAAGAAAUGCUUAUUAACACUGUUAACACUGGCAGGGAAUGAAAGAACAUGCUUAUUAGCUAUGUUAGACUUGUGAAAAUACUUGGAUAUGUUUAUGUGCAUUAUUAAUUGUUGAUGGAUAUCAGGAAGUGCUUAUUAGGAAGGCAGAUCCACUGAAGGUUGAGCAGUGGAUGACCAUAAUACCCACAAUCUUGGAUUUUAUAAGGGAAGGUGGUAACGAGAGAGUGGCCUAUGACACUUAUAUUUUUCCGGAGGAUGCCCGAAUAUGGUGGGAGGUGGUAUCCCAUACCAAAGCAGUUACCACCAUGGAGUGGGAAGAGUUCAAGACCUUAUUCAAUGAGAAGUACUACAAUGACGUAGUUAAAGCAGUAAAGGCUGAGGAAUUCAACAAGCUACUUCAGGGUAAUAUGACAGUGACUGAUUACGCCUUGAAGUUUGAUAGGUUGGCAAAGUUUGCUGGAGAUCUGGUGCCUACUGAUAGGACCAGAAGAGAUAGAUUUCUUUAGGGGCUACAACUUAUGAUAGCCUGGGACUUUCGUAUUACUACUAUGCCAGGAGUGACUACCUAUGCACAGGCUGUGGAGAAGGCACUUACAGUUGAGAGCGCAGAGAACAAGUUUUGGCAUGACAAUGCAGCCAGAAGGGAUUCUAGGAGGCCGGGACCUCCAUUCUCAGGUUUUGGUAGGGGCGGAGGCCCCAGUGAUCAGAAGAGGAAGACUCCGAACACAGUUUCAGCUCCAAGGCCAGAUAGGAGGCCACGGUGCACACAGAUGGGCCGCCAGAGUGGCGGUGAGACAUGGAGGGAAUUUCCAGAGUGUGCUUGGUGCAGGAGGCGCCAUGUUGGGGAGUGUCGGGCGAAGGCCUGUUUCAUUUGUGGUAGUACAACACACUUAAAGAAAGACUGCCCGAGAGCCAGCAAGGAGGAGCCAAAGAAGGUGGAUAGCUUGAUGUCAGCUCGGGUGUUCACCUUGACUAAGGAAAAGGCCGAGGCUAGUCCCUCGGUAGUUAUAGGUCAGCUUUCUAGUGCUGGAACCUUUUGUACUGUCCUUAUUGAUUCGGGUGCUACACACUCUUUUUUUGCUAGUAGAAUUAUAGAUGGGCUGUGUAGACCGUGUGACUUUUAUCCUGUGGGGUUUGGUAGGAUGUUGCCUACUGGGGAGUUUGUGGUUUCCAAGAGAUGGGUUAGAUCACUACCAAUUACAGUGGAUGUCAGGGAGUUAUCAGUUGACUUGGUUGAGCUGAAGAUGACCAAUUUUGACAUAAUUCUUGGUAUGGAUUGGUUAGAGAAGUGUGGGGCAAUGAUAGACUGCAAGAAGAAGAUGGUAAACUUUGAGCCAGAGGGUGAGGAUCCUUUUGUUUUUGUUGGCACUAUGCAUGGACCUCGUAUACCUAUUAUAUCGGUGCUUAGAGCUAGAGACUUAUUGCAGGGGGAAGCAUAAAGCUCUUAGCUAGCGUGGUGGAUACCAGUCAGGUCGUGCCAGUGGGACCAGAACAACCCGAUUAGUCUGUGAGUUUCUGGACGUGUUUCCAGAAGAUCUGCCAGGGCUACCUCUACAUAGGGAGACUGAGUUUGUAAUUGAAUUAGUGCCAAGGACAGAGCCAUUGUCUAGGGCACCUUACAGGAUGGCUCCAGCUGAGCUGAAGGAACUGAAGGUUCAACUACAGGAGUUACUAGACUUGGGUUUUAUCAAGCCCAG